UAAACAGAAGUAGGUGGCUGGAAACGUUAAUCAAAACAAAAGUGUUUGUUGUGUAUGGAUUUGAAAAAUUUUAAUUUUGUGAAUUUCUGUAUUAUUGUUUUAACGUAUGAGAAAAGCAUUUAAUAAAAAUGGCAUCUUCAAAUUUUGUUACUUUACCAAAUCCUGUUUCAAAGUCUAAAAAAUCGUCGAAAUGUGUUUAUCCUUUUCCUAUUAUUAGAAGUAAUUGCAAUGAAACCCAAGCAGAUCCAAAUUGGCAGUGUAUGAUCGGUUACUUACAAGACUAUUGUAUUUUAGUUCACGAUGAUGAAAGCAUCAAGAUAUUAUACAGUCAAGGUUUUUUCGGCAAAGGAACUUUGUCAAAAAAUGCUCCAAAAGUUUGUGUUGAAGAUAAAGAAAUAAAAAAUGAGAAGAGUGAAAGGGUUUUGCAAAAUGAAGCUUCUAAUCAGGACGAUGACAUCAUCGAUGUUGAUGAUGAUGAGGAAGACGUAAAACCUUCAACCUCGAAGGAGGAGAAUAUUGAAGUUGUUAUAUCAGAUUCGGAUUCUAGUUCUGAAAUAGAAGUUGAUUCUGUGAAAAAGAAAGAUAGCUCUAAAGAGGAUCAGUCUGAUGAAAAAGAAAGCCUGCAACUCACUUUUGAGGAGGCAUAUUUCCUUUCAUAUGCAUUAGGAUGUUUAGUAAUUAAGGAUAAUAAGGAUCAGCCCAUAGACUUAGCCAGAUUGUGGAAUAAAUUUUGUGAAUCUUCUCCUGAUGGAAAUUUUCCUGUAAUGUACACUGCAUAUCAUCAUUUUAGAAGCAAAGGUUGGAUUGUAAAACAGGGUCUCAAGUAUGGAGUUGAUUACCUUUUGUACAAAGAUGGCCCUGCUUUCUAUCAUGCAACAUAUUCUGUUAUCGUAAAACCUGUAAAGGAGCAAAACUUCAGAGAAGUAAGAGGUAGUCGACAAAUGACAUGGUCUUCUUUAUUAGCUCUAAACAGAUUGAAUAGCAGUACAGGAAAGAGCUUGUUGUUUCUGUAUGUAAUAAAGCCAAGUGGACUGUCUGAAAACAAAAUAUCUACUCCAUUCUGUAUUUCACAAUAUAAAGUAGAGGAAGUACUUUUCCAGCGUUGGGUAGCAUCUGAAAAUAGAGGAGAGAAUGAUUAACUGAAGUGUGUAAAAAAAUAUUGUGAUAUUUUAUGUAAAUAAAACUUUUAUACAUAAAAAAA